AUGCAAAACCCUGCACAAACUGUCGCAUUAGUUCCCUCAGAGAAAAAACCGCAAAAACAAAGCCUCUUAAAUUGCUGGACUCGUCUCUUCUUGCUGAUUCUCUUUUCGUACUCUAUUGGAUGCACGAUCUACCUCGGCUUUCUCAUAUUUUACUUUGAACAUUUGGAAUCUAAAUGCUUGAAUAGCAAUCUCGUGUCUCGACCGAAAAGUGAGCCGUGUCUACCCGGUUGGAGUCACUCAAAACACUUUCAAGCUUGUUAUAUCAUCAUUUACGAUGUUGACUACGACCUGGCGAAGCGUAUUUGUCAGUACAUGGACAGUAAAAUGGUUUAUGUUGAAGGGGAGACGAAAAAUCGUUUAUUAAUAUCAUUGAUUCGCAGCGAACAGUCGAAAACGUUCGCCUCAGGCAAUCUGAUACUUGGCGCUCAGAGAAUGAACAAUCGUUUCUACUGGGACAACGGUAGCGAGAUGAAAUACACGCAUUGGGGCUCACAAGAGCCGAUCACCACAAACGGGAAUGAGAAUUGCGUCUUGUUGGUCACCGAUCGAAACGAAAUUCUUUCCUCUAAGUUCUCGCGAUGGAAAACGACACCCUGUAACGUCAAGCAAAAAUUCUCGAUUUUAUCAUCUAUUUGUCUCGAGAAAUAUUCGUUCAUUGAAGAACCAAAGCAAAGAGUGAAUGAAAAAGCAGAAGUUCUCUUCUCGAGUCAUAUCUUUGAAAGUUGUCCCAAUUACAAUUAUAAAUGGGAUGAUCCGGAGAUUUUAAAGCUAUUGCCGCCAACUAAAGAAGAACCUCUAUGCCAUCGUGAGAAUGGAAUCACUUUACUUUUGAGGGGAGAAGUGAAAAUGAACACUGAAUAUUUGAAUUAUCAAAAAUACAAAUGUAAAGCAAGAUGCGCUUAUCUUGAUGGUGGUUACGAAUAUAAAUUUGGAUCAUGGUGCACUGUUGGAAGUGAUUGUAAAAAGUUUAACUGCGAUUUCGUUUACAUCAACUGUUGGCUGGGUGAAGAAUUAGUGCAUAUCGAUGUGCAUUUGCAAAUUUAUGAACACAGAAGAAAUCGAGCUGAAGAGUUUCGUGGCUUAUACAAUGGCCAUUCGAUUCCACUACAGAGCCAAGUUACUUCAAAAGGUUUCCAUCCAAAUCUCUACAUCAUUGUCCUCGAUUCAGCUGGCAGAAAUCCGGCAAUGAGACAACUCAAAAAGACUUACAAAUACCUUGUUGACGAGCUUGGGGCAAUCGAUUUCAAGAAAUUUCAACGUGUCGCCUACAGUAGUCGAGAAAAUGCAUUCGCUGCUUUCUGGGGAAUCAUUGGGGAGAAAGUUGAUCGAAAAGCUUUUGGUGGCACAGUGAUUGAGAAAACUUCAACAUGUGGAUAUCCAUAUGAUAAUCGUCAUUAUAUUCAAUUCGAAUAUGAGGAUGCCGGCUAUCGAACGAUGUACGCGUACGAUUACCUUCUUGAUUUGUACAUGUAUGUCGAUUGUGUGGGAAUGGUAAAUGAUUUGGCCACGCAUCAUUCGAGACCAUUCCAACUGCUCUCCAUUUUGCCUGAAGAAGUUUGGAUCGAUGUCCCAUUCGUCCAAUACGGAUAUCAGUAUCAAAAUGAGAAACUUCUUCGGAAACAUCUACGCAACAAAACGAAAUGUGGCCAAAACUAUAAUCACAUGAUACGCUACACUGAGGAAUUCAUGAACUCAUACAAAGGAAUUCCAAACGGUACUUUACUUGAAGACAUGGUAAAGAAGAAUUCUGGUGAAUUGCUUACAAUGCACGAUAUACACGCAACAACACUCAUUGAUAUAAUUCGGGUAAAGUUU